GUUGCACCUGUUACAAAUCAAAAAUAUAUAGCCUAGAAUAAAUGUAAGUAAAAGUCAAUAUUCAUAAUCUUAUUUUGUAGGCUACAAAACGUUUUUCUCUCUCAAUAUAUUAGGCCUAUACGUGCUUUCAUAAACUGUGUUUUAUUCCAUUAAAAGGUGAUUGAUUGGCUGUUAUGACGCAUAACACCUAAAAGUGAGACGUGUGCAUUUGCGUAACUAAUUUCCAUAAAGAAUUGUGUGGCACUGGGAUAUAAACCUGUCUCUCUGCUGAUAGCACAGCUUCAGACAUUGCCUCGGAGAGUCUCAGUAUCCGGUAAUAGGCCUAUAUAGACUAUUCGAUCAAACAAAUCAUAGCAACUCUACAAUAUUAUUUUUAAGACAGUCUACGAUAAAAUUGACAUAAGUUCAAUGAAGACAGAGAGUGUGGCGCAAAACAUUCCGUUCGUCGGCAGAAAGCGAAGUCUGAUCGAAGAUGCCCGGAAAGAGCGCGCCAGCGGUUCAUCUUCCCCUGGCCCAUCGCGGGGCGGUGAAAACUUUGUGUUUGAGGAAAAGGAAGGAACAGUGACACUGAACAUUAUUUUCGCACUCAGCCAUGAGAAGAAUGCAGGGUUCUUUAAAACUGGCAAAGUCUUUGAGACGUUUGAAGCUAAGCUUCUACAUAUUGAGAGCCGACCAGGGAGGAAGUCUAAGAACAGUGGCUGUGAUGAUCUGGAGUUCUUUAUGAGGUGUGAAGUGCACAUCUCGGACACAGACAUCUUCAUCAACUCACUCAAGAGAGUCGCCGACGACGUACGCACUAUCCCAGAGGAAAAAGUUCCCUGGUUCCCCAGAAAAAUCAGAGAUCUGGAUAAAUGCAACCUGUUGAUAACGAAAUAUGACCCAGAUAUGGACCAGGAUCAUCCAGGAUUCAGUGAUCCAGAAUACAGAAAAAGAAGGUGCUUCAUCGCUGAACUUGCAGCAAAUUACAGGCAGGGGGAACCAUUACCCAGAGUGGAGUACACACCAGAGGAGGUGGCCACAUGGAAAGAGGUGUACCGGACCCUGAGGACCAUCUACCCUGACCUGGCAUGCAGACAGUUCCUGGGUGGGCUGCAGCAGCUGGAGAGGGAGUGUGGCUACGGAGAGGACAGUAUCCCCCAGCUCCAGGAGGUCUCUGCCUUCCUCAGAGAGAAGACAGGCUUCCAGCUGCGUCCGGUGGCAGGGCUACUCUCCGCCAGAGACUUCCUAGCUAGCCUGGCCUUCAGAGUGUUCCAGUGUACCCAGUACAUCCGCCACGCCUCCGCACCCAUGCACUCCCCGGAGCCAGAUUGCUGUCAUGAGUUACUCGGCCAUAUUCCUAUGCUUGCAGACAAGGAAUUUGCCCAGUUUUCCCAGGAAAUUGGCCUAGCCUCACUGGGAGCAUCAGACGAGGAUAUUGAGAGACUCUCAACUUUGUACUGGUUCACGGUGGAGUUUGGACUGUGUAAGCAGAAUGGAACUGUGAAGGCAUAUGGUGCCGGCCUCCUGUCCUCAUAUGGAGAACUCAUUUAUGCUCUCUCUAACGAACCUGAGUACAAGCCAUUCAACCCAGAGGAGACAGCAAUCCAGCCUUACCAGGACCAGACUUUCCAACCUGUCUACUUUGUCUCAGAAAGCUUUGAGGAUGCCAAGAUUAAGAUGAGGCGGUACUCGUCGUCCAUCCAACGGCCCUUCUCUGUCCGGUACGACCCAUUCACUUGCAGCCUGGAGGUUCUGGACCAACCCAGUAAGAUCCAGCAUGCCCUAGGCCAGAUGAGAGACGACCUGAAGAUACUCCACAGUGCCCUGGAGAAAUUGGGCUGAGGGCCUCAACACUGAGCCAGAUACUCAGGGAGUGAAACUGAUACAUACCUCUGGAGGGGUGGAAAGGGGAAGCCAUUUUGGGUCUUUAAAGGUGCAAUCUGUCAUUUCUCUGUGUGGCCAUGGAGCCAAAUGCACAAACAAUCAAUGCUCAAAUUGCACAAAAUACAGUAGUUCCAUUUAAGGCAAUCAGUUGAAUAACCACCUCUUCAAUCCUGCUGGGCUAAUACUUGCAUUAUUAUUAUUGUAUUUUUUAGAGACUAAAGUAGAUUUAGCAUUUAAAAAUGGAUAGAUGUGAAAUACUGUGUAUAUAUUUAGUUAACUGAAAAACAUCAUUUAUAUUUACGUGCAAGAUUCAUUAAUAUUUCCUUGUUGGGUGCAUGUAUUGAUAUGUACAGUGACGUUAUACAUGUAUUGUGAGGAGAAUGUACAAAGUAAUACAUUAGAUUUUUUUCAGUCCAAUCACAAAGGGCAUGAAAGAGAGAGACACACACAUGGGGGUAGGAAAUGUACAGGCUGAAUAUGUCCGAGAAUGUUUAUCUUAGUAGAGAGAUUACAGAGAAAAACUUUAGAAUGCACGUGUAAAAUAGUGAUCAGAAAAAGAGCAUGGAGGGAGAUCAAGGAAAGAGACAAAAAAAGUAUACAAAGUCUGUGCAUUUGUGUUUGAGAGAGCAAGCGAGCAAGAGACAGAGCGAGAGGGAACAUGAACAUCAAAGAGGGUGGGAGUACUACAAUAUAAGCCCAUGUGCCACUGCCUCCCAUUCCAAACCAACUGUUUCCAUUUAGAAAAUUCUUGGAACCCAUUUGUCUUCACGUGUUAUUAAGUAAAGGGAAGGAGCUAAUUAUGAAUGAUUUAAAUAUCAUGUUUCCUCAGCUGGCUACUGUCAGAGCCAGUACUGAGGCCCAGUGGAUCUAAAGCUGGACCUGGUCACACAGACCUCACAGUAUAACACUACACGGUCAGUAGGGUUUCACAACUGGCAUGAUAAACUCUCUCCAUCUCCUCUCUCUUCCUCUCUCUACCUGUGGGUUCAAGGGGUAAUAGAUGCCUUGUUUCUGUAUCAGUGACAAUGUGUCUGUACUAGAGUUCACCCGUAUUCAUUUUUAAAGCCAGAACGCAAAUCGGUUCAUAGAUCUACUCCGACUGUAAAACAUCAUGAUGUACACAGUGGCUGUGAAAGCCUCCGACCACCUAGAGUGGGAGGCCUUCCUGUUCAAUUAUUCCAGUGUAAAUCAAACAUGGUUCACUUUACUCACAGAGAAACACAACCUCUCCAAUGGAGAGAAAAUGGUGCACAGAGCCGAAGAUUGAUCUACAA